CAUUACGUACAGCGGGACGUCUAGGAGAAGAUAAACAAAAAGGAAGGAAGCCUUCGGCCACACAAUCGCGGCAAAAUUGGUUUAAAUUCCUGUCUUGCAAGCUGUAGUUACCAGCUGCAUGCGCCCUUUUAUUGCUUAGAUAGCUACCAUUAGGCGUUCGGAGUCAUGGACGACGCGCUAAUAUUUCGCAUGAGUGCAUUUUCCGAGCAAGGAGGGAGAAAAUACAUGGAGGAUGUUGUCGAGAUAAGAGUCGAGUACGAGCCGACGUCGUCGUCAAUCGAAGAUUACUCAAAGUCGCAGGGGCAUGGAGAGCAGGAAAAGGCUGAGAGCGAAGCCACGAAACAGACUGAAAAUGACACACACGAUAGCAGUGCUCCUGCCGGGUCGGGUCCAGUCUCCGCAGCGUGGGUAGAGAGUUUAUCAAACGAGGACAGCGGCGGCGGCGGCAGCGCACCAGUGGCAAGCGAAAAAGACGCAGAGCUCGUAGUCGACACUCGGAAAUCUGUGGCGUUUUUCGCCGUUUUCGACGGCCACGGGGGCCGGGAGGCUGCACAUUUCGCCAGUGAGAAUCUGUGGGGUUUGCUGAAGAGGCAGCGGGGCUUCUGGUCGAAGGAUCAUGGUGAGGUGUGCGCUGCUCUUCGGAAAGGGUUCAUCGCAUGUCACCAUGCAAUGUGGAAAGAGCUACCGGAGUGGCCAAAGACCAUGACCGGCCUGCCAAGCACAUCGGGCACCACAGCCAGUGUUAUCGUGAUCCGUGGAGUUCACAUGUAUGUCGCCCACGUAGGAGAUUCGGCAGUAGUGGUCGGAGUGAAAGAAAAUGACUCUGAUAUCACGCUCCAGGCGCUCGAAGUGACGCAAGACCACAAACCUGAACUUCCUAAAGAAAAAGAGAGGAUAGAACGACUGGGUGGCAGUGUAAUGAAGAAAUCUGGAGUGAACCGUGUCGUGUGGAAGAGGCCCAGGCUAACACACAACGGCCCUGUGAGGAGGAGUACCGUCAUUGACCAGAUCCCGUUCCUGGCUGUAGCCCGAUCCCUUGGGGAUCUCUGGAGCUAUGAUUUCUAUAGUGGGGAGUUUGUUGUUUCUCCUGAGCCUGAUACCAUGGUGAUGACCCUCGAUCCCAAGAGACAUCGCUAUAUCAUUCUUGGAAGUGAUGGACUGUGGAAUAUGAUGCCACCUAAGAACGCUGUUAAUAUGUGUUACAGCCAUGACAAAAUGGUGGGACCAAAGGGAAUGUCCUGCGCCCGUCGGCUGGGUUGCACAGCCCUACUGUUUUGGAAGGAACGUAUGCUCCGUGCAGACAACACAACGGUCAUCGUCCUGGCCCUCCAGGAGCGUGGAGGCCCACCUAUCCCUAUGCACCGAGAUGAGAUUGUUGUUGACAUGUCUAGAGGAAUUGACCAUGUUCCGUACCCAGGAACUCCUUAUAACACAUGUGAGGUCCCAAAGAGUGAUAUGGUGAACGACCCCUCCCCCUUCAAAGGAAGAUCCUCCUCUCUGGAGCAGGCAUUUGGGCUGUACGAAGCGGCUUUCUCUGCCACCACAGGCCUCUUACCUGAUGUUGACUCUGUGAGCGCCACUCUUCCUCCCACACAUGGUCCGGUGAAUGUUUUCGAAAAGCAAGACCUCACGACCCAUGUGGACUGCACCACUUCUGCUCCUCCAUUAAAGCGGUCUCGCCGCUGUCCGCAAGGCUCCCCUGAAAUCAAAGGUCCUCACCGUCGACUCAGCCGGCCCCCCAACAAAAGCCUGACCCAGAAGACAUCUCCUGGCAAAAUACAAACCGAACAGUCCCAACAAACUCAAACUAGAGAAAGGAGCUCCUCCGACGUGUCCUACCACAGCACCACGACACUGCCUUGUGUGUGUGCUGAAUCGUAGAAAGUGUUAUUACCCUAAUACUAAAUAAUAAUCUGCAUUGUGUUGACUUUAUUCAUAUAUCUGGCCUAGUCCUAGGUGUAUACUUUUUCAUACAGAGCAUUUGUUUUUGUGAAUAUGGAGUUGAAGAUUGUAAAUGUGUUGCUCUUUCGAAUUUUUUUUUUUCUCUUCUGCCCAUCUUUAAAAUGUAGUGUCGGCAGAUAUUUUAAAUUUUUAAAUGUUUUAUCUUACCCUAUUUUCAUACUUUUAAGUAUGUACAGUAUAUCUAAAAGAUGUAUUUUGAAGAGAAUAGAUCACUGCAAUCUGACCUAACACCAGUUCACCACAAUUAUGACCCUUCUAAUCUUCCUUAUUUUUACUUGGGAUUGUGUGACAUGCCAGUCUUUCCUUGACUGGGGUUAAAACCUCAAACUAAUUGUCUGGAAUCCAUCAUCUUAGAUUAAAUGUGCUACCUUUGCAUUGUCCGGGAUAGACUGAUGGUUCAUUUUGCAUGACAUGUCGUGGAGUUCCAUACUGUAGGGUUCAAGCAGCGGUUUGAGGUAAUGAUGCGGGUAUUGAUUUAGAAUCUGUAUAGUUUGUAUUUAUGUGUUUGGACUAUUAUGAACUGUCACAAAUGUUCCUCGGCUAAUUGAUGAAUUUCAUACAAAGCUUGCGAGGAGGCGUUAAAGGGUCGCUCCACUCAACUCAGAAGACGAUUGUAUUAUAAUGUACAUGGUCUCAUACUGACCCUUUAAUGGUGUUUUCCUUUCAUCAGAGUUUGUAUCGUUCCAUUCCAAGCGCCUUCAUUUCAUUAUUAUUUGUCAUCUUGUCAAUGAAAAGGCAGUUUCAUGUUGUUUUAAAAACCUUGGACCUCUCUAGAAGUACAUUUAAGGCGGGAGUAGAGCUUGUUGGCUGUAUUGGGUGUCUACGUACUGUAAAAGCUGAGAUCAGUACCACCAGGGAGUAACACGACUCCAGCACGUCUUCCUCUUUCUAGUCAUAUACUGUAUCCUUUGUGUAUGAUUAACAUCCCUACCUUGUGUUUCAAGCAUUACUUAAUGGUACGUUUGUUGAAUACAGCAAGUGCCACAUUCACAUUAGUGAUCAAACUUGUGUUAACAUGGCAGCUCCGUUACAGUUCUCUAGCUGACUAGUCUCCUCCUUUUUGCUUAAAACAUGUCAUGGAUGCCUUAGCACAGUUGAGUCAUUGGUGCUUUUCACACACACACACACACACACACACACACACACACACACACACUCAUAUUUGGGACCCAAACAGUUGAGGAUGUCUAGAAUGUGUUGAUGUAAGCCUGGCCGUGACCCGGCCUCGACCAUUUAUCAUGCACCUUCGCCUCUGCCGUUUUACCAUUUGCACUGCAGCACACUAAUCCUGCCCCACGUGGUUGAUGUUUCCCAGUUGCUUUGGGCAGUUUUGUUCAUUUUUGUACAGUACGUCAAUAUGCAAUAGAAGUUUGUACUAUACAUUAUUAUGCAAAGUGAUGGAGUCUGGCAUGCUCAGAUCUACUCUGUAUGUUGUGAUAAUGGAUGUUAAUGGGUGUCUUUUGACAAUUACAAUUCUCUGGACUUUGCAUCCACUGCAGCCAGUUUUCAGGACUUACUGUAGGAGUUACAUACUUUUGAACAGUUACAGGAAAUACAGUGUCUGUGUGUUGUAAUAAAGUUCUCAUUUUUUAAAUGGC